UCUUCCCCUCGCCGGGCUCCCUCCCACCUUCCUGCCAGAGGCGCUGCCCGCCGGCAGAGCCACUCCAGUGGGAUCUGGCUGUCCUGGGGGGCGCCGCCUCGUAGCCCUCCCUCCGGGCCGCUGCGGGCUUUCGUGCCUCCCCGCGUGGCAGAUGCAGCCGGCGCCUCCGGGGGACCAUCCGGGCCGCGCGCGCUCCGGAUGCUAAACUCCUGGCAGACCGCCGCGGAGAGGGGUCCCGUCUUCUCCUGAUGCGUUUGCCCGUCGGUCCCUGAGGUGUCACCCCCUUGCCUAAAGAUGCUGAGCAGCAUCUGGAUCCUCAGUGUGUUCACCGUCGCUGGGAUCUUCCACACGGAGAGUCGCAAAACUGCCAAAGACAUUUGCAAGAUCCGCUGCCUGUGCGAGGAGAAGGAGAACGUCCUGAAUAUUAACUGCGAAAACAAAGGAUUUACAACUGUCAGCCUGCUGCAGCCCCCCCAGUAUCGCAUCUACCAGCUGUUCCUCAAUGGGAACCUCCUCACCAGACUCUACCCCAACGAGUUUGUCAAUUACUCCAACGCAGUGACUCUCCACCUGGGCAACAACCGGCUGCAGGAGAUCCGCACUGGGGCCUUCACGGGUCUGAAGACCCUCAAGAGGCUGCACCUCAACAACAACAAGCUGGAGGUGCUCCGGGAGGACACAUUCCUGGGACUGGAGAGCCUGGAGUACCUGCAAGCCGACUACAACUACAUCAGUGCCAUCGAGGCAGGGGCCUUCAGCAAACUAAACAAGCUCAAAGUGCUCAUCCUCAAUGACAACCUACUGCUCUCACUGCCCAGCAAUGUGUUCCGCUUUGUCCUGCUGACCCACUUAGACCUGCGAGGGAACCGCCUCAAAGUCAUGCCCUUCGCCGGUGUCCUUGAGCAUAUCGGAGGCAUCAUGGAGAUCCAGCUGGAGGAAAAUCCCUGGAAUUGUACAUGUGACCUACUGCCCCUCAAGGCCUGGCUGGACACCAUCACUGUGUUUGUGGGGGAGAUUGUGUGUGAAACCCCCUUUCGGUUGCAUGGAAAAGAUGUGACCCAACUUACCCGGCAGGACCUUUGCCCUCGCAAAAGUACUGGUGACUCCACUCAGAGGGGCAGCCACACUGACAGCCAUGUGCAGAGGCUGUCCCCGACCUUGAAUCCAGCUCUCAACCCCACCCGAGCUCCCAAAGCAAGUCGGCCACCCAAGAUGAGAAACCGGCCUACACCAAGGGUUACUGUGUCCAAGGACCGGCAGAGUUUUGGGCCCAUAAUGGUGUACCAGACCAAGUCACCUGUGCCCCUCACCUGCCCCAGCAGCUGUGUUUGCACCUCACAGAGCUCGGACAAUGGUCUGAACGUCAACUGCCAAGAAAGGAAGUUCACCAACAUUUCUGACCUGCAGCCCAAACCCACCAGUCCAAAGAAGCUCUACCUAACUGGCAACUACCUGCAGGCAGUUUACAAGAACGACCUCCUCGAAUACAGUUCUCUGGAUUUGCUGCACCUAGGAAACAACCGCAUUGCUGUCAUCCAGGAAGGUGCCUUCACCAACCUGACCAGUUUGCGCAGACUCUACUUGAAUGGCAAUUACCUGGAGGUGCUGUAUCCUUCCAUGUUCGAUGGGCUGCAGAGCUUGCAGUACCUCUACUUAGAGUACAAUGUCAUCAAGGAGAUUAAGCCACUGACCUUCGACGCAUUGAUUAACCUGCAGCUACUGUUCCUGAACAACAACCUACUGAGGUCCUUACCACAUAACAUAUUUGGAGGCACGGCCCUUACCAGGCUGAAUCUGAGAAACAACCAUUUUUCUCACCUGCCUGUAAAAGGGGUUCUGGACCAGCUGCCUGCUUUUAUCCAGAUAGAUCUGCAGGAGAACCCCUGGGAUUGCACAUGUGACAUCAUGGGGCUCAAGGACUGGACAGAACAUGCCAAUUCCCCCGUCAUCAUCAAUGAGGUGACGUGUGAGUCUCCUGCCAAACACGCAGGGGAGAUACUGAAGUUUCUGGGGAGAGAUGCUAUUUGCCCAGACAACCCCAACUUGUCAGAUGGCACCAUCUUGUCCAUGAAUCACAACACAGACAUCCCAGGGUCACUGAGCGUGUCCCCAAGUUCUUAUCCCGAGCUCCAUACUGAAGUUCCACUGUCAGUCCUAAUCUUAGGAUUGCUUGUGGUCUUUAUUUUAUCUGUCUGUUUUGGGGCUGGCUUGUUUGUCUUUGUCCUCAAACGACGAAAGGGGGUUCCAAGUGUUCCUAGGAGUGCCACCAACUUAGAUGUCAGCUCCUUCCAAUUACAGUACGGCUCCUACAACAGUGAGGCACAGGAUAAAAACGAUGGCCAUGUCUAUAACUACAUUCCCCCACCGGUGGGCCAGAUGUGCCAAAACCCCAUCUACAUGCAGAAAGACGGUGACCCGGUGGCCUAUUAUCGAAACCUGCAAGAUUUCAGCUAUGGCAACCUGGAAGAGAAAAAGGAAGAGCCGGCUGCCCUGGCCUACACAAUAAGUGCCGCUGAGCUUCUGGACAAGCAGACCACGUCCAGAGAGCCCGAGUUGCUGUAUCAGAAUAUCGCUGAGCGAGUCAAGGAGCUGCCCAGCGCAGGACUGGUGCACUAUAACUUCUGUACCCUACCCAAAAGGCAGUUUGCCCCUUCGUAUGAAUCUCGACGCCAAAACCAAGACAGAAUCAAUAAAACCGUUUUAUAUGGGACUCCCAGGAAAUGCUUUGUGGGACAGUCGAAACCCGAGCACCCUUUACUGCAAGCUAAGCCGCAAUCAGAACCAGACUACCUCGAAGUUCUGGAAAAACAAACUGCAAUCAGUCAGCUGUGAAGGGAAGUCAUUGCCCAGCCCAAGGCAUGGCAGGAUGCAGCUCACACCACUGGAAGCGCUGCUGUGGUCUUCCGGGUGGUUCGCAGCAUCGUGGGGGACUUGGACAAUGUUGGGGGAGGGGGUAAAGCAAUGAUACUGUGUUUUUUUUCCAGUUUUCCUUUAAAUUAUUUCUCUUGCUUCCCCUCCCCCGGCCUUCCCGCCCCACCCUUCUCUUCUUAGGAAUCAUCAUUGAACAGAAUGUUGCUACAUUUUUUUCCUGCAUUUUUACAUGUCUUUUGUUUAUGGUUUUGUUUAGAUUUUAUUUGUUGUUUUUCUUUCUUUUUUGAGUUCUGUUCUCCGCGUGGGAAUGGAAAGAGGAGAUUAUGAGGAAUGAGGAAAGAGCCAACAAAGUUUUCCAAUGAAAAUGGAUAAUUAGUGUUAUUUUGUAGAUGAGACUAUACAUUCUUUUGUAAAUAAUGAUAUAUGGUAUUUCUGUCUUCGGUUGCCAAGUAUAGCCACUAGGCAUUCUUCUUCGUAUUAAAGUGCCUUUGCACUUUAAGUACAUUACUUAAAUGUUGCUUUUAGCUUUGAGAAAUUGAACAUAUUUUGAUGUGUUGUAUUUUUGAAAUUAAAAACACUGUAAAAUAGACUGAAAAUGUCAGCUAUAUUAAGUCAACAUGCAGUUUGCUUGAGUUAUAGAAACCAGCCUCUCAUUAAAUGAUUCUAGUUCUAGGACUUUAUAGAUUUAACUGUAAAAUAUUUUCUUUCCUCUGGGUUUGUUCUCAGUGAUUUUAUUUAAGUCAACUAAGGGGAUUUAACAGUGGACUAGAGGUAAUUAAAACACCUCAGUUGGGAUUAGUGAUUCAUUAAUAAAAUAUAUUUAACCCAA